AACUCCCAGUGCCGGGAGCGCGGCAGCGAUGCCGGCAUCCUGGUAAACUUUGGGGUUUGUGUGCGCCAGAUUUCCUUGGAAUCUCCCCUUUCUCCCGGGAACGGGCAAUUCCAGCCGCUCUCCGAGAGCCUGCGGCGCUACGUCAUGAGCCACUUCCGCUGGAACCAGUUCGGCCGCCGGAACGGCAGCGAGCCCGGGAAACGGGAGGAGGAGGAGGAGGAGGAGAAAUCCGGGAACGAGCCCGGAAUUCCCGGCUUUUCCCGGCGCUCCGGGGAGCCGGGGAAGGACGGGAAGCGCUCGUAUUCCAUGGAGCACUUCCGGUGGGGAAAACCCGUGGGGCGCAAGAGGAGGCCGGUCAAGGUUUACCCCAACGGGGCCGAGGAGGAGUCGGAGGAGAAUUCCCGGCUGGAAUUCCGGCGGGGAGAACCCUCGGAAGGCGAGGAGGAGGAGGAGGAGGAGGAAUUCCCGGGAUUCCCGUGGAAUUCCCAGAAGGAAUCCCAAUCCUGA